AUGACGUGUUUAACCUUCCUCUUCCUUUCCUUGCUAGUCAGCCCAAAUUCCUCGAAGUCAGCCAGGAUCGUGUUAAUCAUUAUGACCUUCUAUGAGGGCUCCUUAGCGACAUCGCUAUCCUUAAUUUUCUGGAUGGCCUUCUUCACCACAAACUCCGUGCAGUGGCCUUCUCUUACUAGCUCUUCGAGGUGCAUCUUCCAAGAUUGGCAGUUAGUUGUCAUGCACAUGUGUUCCAUGGAAGGUGCAGUACUUUUAGGUAUUUCUCUUAUCAAGAUCUCCCUCCUCAGCCAGUGUGUGAAAGAAGGCUUUGAGAAUCACUUCGAUGGAGUCGCCUGCUUAAUCUCGAUGAUGAACUGUGAGGAGUUCACUUGGUCCACCUCUUACGUAGUGCAUCUGCAAAAUCUGCUCCAAUCUUCAGGUCUUGAAGUCGAUCAUUCACGAGCUUCUCGACAUCUUCUGCCUGCUUGGCUUGCUGUUCACAUUGAUGUCUCCCAUGAUAUAUGCAUCGCUAGUUUACCAACUCGUUUUCUCUUCGGAGUAGAUAUCCUCUACUAUAGUGCCUGUGCGACCGAACAUGUGAGCGUCUUUCUUCUCGUACUUUAUGGGGAUGAUCGUGAGGCUGAUCUCCUUGGGGGCCUAGUCUCGCUUGAAUGCUUCCCUACGGCUCGAGGUGGGCGUGAACAUCGGAUUGUGGGCCCAACCUCUCAUGCACUUCAAUCCUUGAAAUUAAUCUCAAUUGAAGACUCGAUCUACUUUGAGCAGGGUUCGUGGAUGCUUGUGACAUGCCAACGUGCUAAGCACGCUCUUGUCCUUCUCCUUGUAUGCUUGCUCCUGCUCAUCCUACAUGGGACCUCUCGAACUGCCUGCAAGUGCUUUCAUCCAUCCUUCUCUCUUGCGGUCCAAGGCCAAGCUCAAGUUGGCGGAGGAGCCAAGAUGCUCAUGAGCGAUAAUCUUGGGAUAGAGAGCAACAACACCGUCAUGGUGGAGAGCAUCAAAUUAGAACGUGAGGUCGAGUUGGUGGCGGCUGCUAGAUCCGGCCGCAUAGCUACGCGGCUUUAG